AGAACUUUGUUAGUCUCAGCCUGAAACCCGCAGCGACGAGAUGGUGACUAUGGAGCGGAAAAUCCUAAUGCUGGUGAUGCUGAUCAGCACGUUAGCCGGCAUGAACGUAGGAGCGGAUGCCGCACAGAUUAGCUUCGGCACCUGUACACCCCAGCAGAGUGAGGAACGAGGUCAGUGCGUCCAUAUAGCGAGCUGUCCUUAUCUGGCCGACAUCCUGAAGGCAAGCCCCCAGACAGCCGCCCAGCGAGAGCUGCUCUCCAAGAGCCAGUGCGGCCUGGACAACCGACGGCAGCAGACGGAUCUUAUGAACCGCAUCCUGGUAUGUUGUCCGCAGAGCAAGCGGGGUGUCAGCGGAGCGCAGGAAGCCUCAGAUGCGGACGGCCAGCAACCUGGAAAUGUGCUGCCCGGAACAGAUACAUGCGGAUUCCUAUUCGGUGAUCGCAUUGUUGGUGGUACCAAUACAACGCUCUGGGAAUUCCCUUGGAUGGUGCUACUGCGGUAUAAAAAACUAUUCCCUGAAUCUUUUAGUUUCAAUUGCGGCGGCGCCUUGAUUAACUCCCGCUACGUACUGACCGCCGCCCACUGCCUGGCCAGCGAUGAUCUGGAUAAGUCGGGACUGGUCCUGAACAGCGUUCGCCUGGGUGAGUGGGACACACGCACAGAUCCCGACUGCGAGACCCAGACGAAUGGCAAGCGCGUCUGUGCCCCCAAUCACAUUGACAUCGAGGUGGAGAAGGCCAUCCUCCACGAGCGGUAUGUUCCCAACUCUGUGGAUCAGAGGAACGACAUCGCACUGCUCCGUCUUAAGCGAAGUGUAAGCUUCACCGAUUACGUGCGACCCAUCUGCCUGCCAACCGACGAGGAUUUGCGAAAGAACCUUUUUGUUGGAUACACCAUGGAUGUGGCCGGGUGGGGACUCACCGAGAACAUGCUGCCAAGUCCGACAAAGCUGAAGAUUUCGGUGGGCGUGUGGAACCUGACCGAGUGCCAGGAUAAGUACACCACUUUCCAGGUGCAUCUAAACAAUUCCCAGAUGUGUGCUGGCGGUCAGUUCAAGGUUGAUACCUGCGGCGGCGUCGGGGGACCCUUAAUGGCAUCCAUUGGCACAGGCGGUGGACGAGAGGUCUUUUACAUCGCCGGCAUCACCUCGUACGGAACACGUCCGUGCGGCCUAAAGGGCUGGCCAGGUGUAUAUACCCGUACCGGGGACUUUAUCGAUUGGAUACAAGAGAAAUUGGAGGCAUAAUAAAUAAAAUUGCUAAUUUAUUCACA